AUGUACUGGCGUAGAUGGGUAAGGAGAUCCUUCCUGAUCUCAUACCAAGAGGAAAAUGGUGUGGAGAGCAGAAACCCCUGCAAAUGCAAAACGAUCCUGCACCACAAUGGUAGCGGCGAGCUGGCGUACACCAGCCGGCUGAAGACUCGGGAGGUGCACCGCGCCAUCACCCUCCACCCGGUCAAGGAUCACCGCCAAAUGUACAGGAUACACACUUACUUUAAGAAUUUCCGCAUCCAAGAACUCCGGGAGCGCUCCCUGGACCUUCACAGGGACAUAUCCUCGGCCCUCAGAGAGUUGGGAGUGCCAGCUGACGAUGUCGACGACUAUAUGUUGCCUGGUGAAGUCCCUCUUUUCCCCGCAAAGGUUGGAGAACCAGGAUACCUGGGAGAUAACAAGAUACUGGGAGCACCUCUAGACAUGAAUCGAUACAAGCCGAGUGAGAUCAACGAUAUAGUAAUCUAUGACUUCAUUAGCAAGUCCCUAUACUCUGCGUUCCAUUCCAACCCUAAGAGAAGGAUCGAGAAGCCCCUCAGAGAAGCGCUCGAUGACGUCAUUAGAGAGGUAAUGGAGAUCAUCAACGCCCCCUCGCGACAAAGAGGUCGCGUCAUCGACUUCAACGAGUUGUUGUACGGAUACACGAGGCUACAGCCACUGCACGGCGCUGACCACGUGCUGGACUUGCUCUUGAAGUACCGGCGGUACCGAGGCAGGAAGAUGACUGCCGCGGUGAGGCGGCACGCUUACCUGCAGCAGAGUUUUACUGCUAUGGAAAUAAGAGAACUGCCAAUGGGGGAACCGUCACCUUUCGAAGACCCAGAUAUAUUAGAAAAAUCUGAGGACGGCAAUACUCUCCCGAACGAUUACGAGGACUUCGAUGAGUCCAGCGUGCAGCAGAACAGCUUCUUCGACUUCGGCAAGCAGAAAGUCAAAGAGGCUCUUGAGAAUGGCCUGAUGAAACUACAUGAGAACUUGCCUGAUGUCCUCAAAUGGAACAACAAGGCAUUCGAAGAGUAUCCUGUUCACGAUAGGAUGGUACAUUUCAUCCUACCUUUAUCAGGAAGACAAGAAAUUUUUGGAAGGUUCAUGAGAAACUUUGAAGAUAUAGUUUUGAAGAGUAGCGAAGCUGUUUCUUUAAUCGUCGUUUCCUAUUUGGACAGUAAACAUCCAUUGGACUAUAGAAAUGCGGAGUUGUUGAUUAAUUACUACAAUGAGAUGUACGGCAGCGACAUAAAGUUAGUCCAGAUGGGUUCCAAUGUGUUCUCAAGAGGUGCUGCACUCACUGAGGGUCUGAAGCUGUGUGACGAUGAUGACCUCGUCUUCUUCAUCGAUGUGGACAUGAUGUUUAAUCACAUCAGUCUUCGAAGAAUUCGUGUUAAUACCGUGAAGUAUAACCAAGUGUACUUCCCUAUAGUGUUCAGUGAAUACAACCCCGAUGUUGUUAAUGGCGACGAGUACAACAAAUUCAAGGGAGAAACUAUUGUAGAAGAAAUCGAAGCUGAACAGGGUGUCGAGGAAGAAGAUCCAGUGCGUUCAGAAAUCGAACUCGCCAACUUGAAGUACAGUAAAGAAAUUAACGACGAUAAUGGAUAUUUCCGUCAAUACGGUUUCGGAAUUCUUGGCAUUUUCAAAAGAGACUUUUUAAGAGUCGGCGGGUUCGACCUGUCCAUCAAAGGGUGGGGUAUGGAGGACGUACAACUCUUCGAAACCCUAAUCAAAUCGAAUUUAUCAGUGUAUAGGAUAGCAGACGAAAGUUUGAUACAUAUCUUCCAUUCUGUGGAUUGUGAUAAGAAUUUAGAGAGAAGUCAGUUCUUAAUGUGUCUUGGAACUAAGGCUUCCACUUACGGGAGUGAGAAGCACAUGGCAUAUUACAUGCUCAACCAUCCCGAAGUCCUAUGGCCUGACGAUUUUAAGGAAGUAAAAGAAGAGAAAGGUGCUAGCUAGUACAGGGAUAAAGUUAUUAUUAUAAUUGGUGCAAGUAGAAAUAUGGACUUCGAAUAAAGUGUCGAUGGGAAAAAGGAACACUGUGAUGUGAAUAGUGACUUUCAAAUGAUAUGUGAUAAUGUUAGCGCAAUGGAAAUAUGACAGUAGUCUUCUAUGACUUUUAAUUAGAUGCCAUUUCGUCGGGGUCAACGUUCUUCAGACUCUAUGGGUGCAGUAAUGUUAGAUAUGGGAGGUGAAUGUAGAUCGAUCACUUAUUCGAAUUGAAACAUGUAUAAUUUAUAUGUUAUAAUUAUGUAAAUAUAGUAUCGCGACUAGUUUUAGGAGAUACGGGAUGUCAGUUCCUUAUCUAUUGCCAAAAGGUAUGUAUGUAUAGUAGUCAAACCGGUUAUAACGACAUUGUAGGGACAACCCAAUCUGGACGCUAUCCGAUAAUUAUUAUAAGCAAUACAUACUUUCUUAAAUAGUAAUAAAUAUUCUGCAUGUAGACUUUUGCUACAAAUUGCGAAUAAAAUCGAUUACAUUGAGUUUAUUGUCAAAACAUCUAAGCAUCCCUCUCAGUAGUUACUUAUAUGCAAUACCUAAAUAUGGCAAUGAGUAAAAAUAUUAUGAAAUUAUAUAGCUUAUAAGAAAAUAAUAAAAAAAUACAGCUUCUUAUAUGACGAUAAGCAUCAAAAUAAUAUUUUAGAUUAGUGAAACCUCAUGAUGAUCGGCUUUAUAGUCGAUAUAAUCCGAUGAAAUUGGGCGCUAUAACCUAUAUUAUGUCGCUUUAUCCGGUGUCGCUGUAACCGGUAUAUUUACAUAGAUAUUUAUAAUAUAAACCUUCGGCUGGGACCUCGCGUUAUAGUCGCUGUAUCCAAUAGGUCUUUAUAACCGAUGUCGUUACAGCCGGUUUCUACUGUUUUAUAUUAUGGCUAUUAAACUUUUCAUAAAUUAUUUUUUAUAAACUUUUGCCGAGUCUAUUUUUGAAAUUCGAACAACUAUGUUCGCCAAGUAAGAUAUUUUUAUCAAGAAUUUCCUUAUAAAAACAAUUAAUAAGAUUUUGUAGUAUCUUUUACACUUAUAUAUUUUUAUACAUUAACGUUCUCUCUAUUAUAAAUGAAAAUACCACUAUAAAUAUCGUUAUUUAUUCUACGAAUACCUACAUUGGAAUAUAUUUUUAUUAAAAAUAAAAAGGAAAAAACUAAACUAAAAAAAAUUCAGUCUAUGAAAAUACAUUUAUUAUGCUUAAUUUCGUAAGUAUGUGUUUAUUUAGGCGCUUUGAUUUACAAUUGGGAACAUAACAUUGAUAUAAAGUUAAAAAAGUUUUCAAUUGACAACUUCAUUGUUAUUGAUCUUGAGAUGUUAAAUGAUUAAAAUGUCAUUAAAUAUUGUGUUAUAUGUAUUUUAUGUAAAAUUGUAGACUCUUUAGCACAAUGACAGUUCUUAAUUGAUUUAUAAUUAUUUACAUACAAUACAAAACUUAGAAUACUUGAAUUAAAGGUCUAUACAGCAUUUAUAAAUACGUAGUGUAAUUUGUAUAUAAUUAAUAUUUUUUUGUUCCUAAUUAUUCACAAUUAUUGUAAGUUAUUUUAAAAAUGUUUUUUACGUAAUUCGGUUGUAUUGCAGAUUGUGAUAAAACGAUUUAUAAUUAUUGUUUUGUCACAAUAUUGUGAGUAGAAAAACGUGUAUGUUAUCUCUUGAUUUAAUCAUAUAAAUAAUCAGGUUGAUUCUAUUAUCUUAUUGGAUGAAAUUAUUUUUAAACUAUCAAAAAAAGUGCGUAUAAAUAGUCACUAAAUUAUUUCUAUAUGCGUCCAGUGCAAAAAAAUUAUGUCAAACCAUGAAAUUUGUGAUUUUAAUUGUAAUUACCAGAAUAAUACGAGUUUAAAAAAAUUGCAGGCGUUGUAGUGUAGACCAUAAAAUUAUUGUCUAUUGUAGAAGAAACAAAAUGCUGUCAAUACAAUACAUUGAAUAAGCAGCAAAAAAAACGAGAAAAUGUAUAGGUAAACCGUAAAUUGUAUAAAUGCAACAUAAAAUUUGGACUAUGCGGGGACGAAAAUUCUAUAUACUGUCAGUAAAAAAGAUUCAAAAACACUGUCCAAAAAUAAAAAAAAAAGUAUAAAAUGACAGGAUACAAUAUUACAGCGUCCAUUAUAGUCUUCUCUAGUUUAUGGACAACUUAGUUUUAUAAAAUAUUGGUCAUAAUAUUCCAUAGACAAUUUUGCGAUUAAUGUUCCAAUACUUCCGAAUACAAAGCAAUAACGAAUACUCUAAUAACUUAGGUUGUGACCCGGACAAGCGCUAACCACAUGCGAUGUCAACUUAAAGGCGUUUUUACUUACUUUAGGGUUUUGAGAUUAUUGUGAAAUAUGUAUAACAUUCUUUAUUCUUGCAUUCCAGUGUACGCGAAUGGAUUAGAGAGAUUAUUUUGUAAUAAAAUGCAUUAUACUUGGAAUUACUUUCUCAUGUCCUUUAUUCGGUAUAAUUUCCUUUAAAUUAAUAUCUCGUACAACGAGAUAAAGAUGACGUCUUUUGUAAAUUAUGGUUUAGCCUAAUUUUCUUUUCUGAAAACCAUAUUAAUUCGUUCAUUACUUAUUUUGUCCAGAGCCAAUAACAAAUGUUUGCGUAACGAGCAAAUUCAGGUCUCGAUGUAAGACAGAAUACUUACAAAGUUUUUGAAGGCACAAGAUAUGUUUUGAAUUGCGGAGUAAGGACUGUAAAUAUGACACAUUCUUUUGGCUUUAUUUAUUGUUCAACAGUUAUUAUGUCUAAUCAAUUAUGGUCAAUAAAGUCUGGAUGAUUUCUCCCAAGUCACCGCCAUUAUUCGUGUACACUUUAUGUUUGUAACGCCAUUGCGGCCGCUGCAUAAUCUAUUUUACUUAUUUACUUAUUAUUUAAGCAUAUUAGAAUAACAGUCUCUUCCAUUCCUUCGUAAGUUGAUAGUUUUUUAUAUUUAUAUUUGAAUUGUACUUUGAAUUGGCAUUAAAUAUUGGCCUUGCAUUAAAUUGUUCCGCUGCUGGGCUUUAUUGCUAGGGUUUAGGAUGGAGUUCCGAUCAUAGAGUCACCGGCAUGCACGUUGAUAGUGCGCAUUAUUUUCAACUAUGCACCAUUCAAUAUCUAGUGUUACUAACACCAUCACUGCUGGUAUUUAUAUGGCUUUUAAUUUUUGAUUAAAAUAAGGUAACCUAUUGUAUGUAAGGUUCAAAAAUCGUAUGUAGUACAUUAAUUUUUGUCUACCAGAUUUCGAUACGAUCUUCAUUUUAAUAAUAAUAUAUUCUUGCAUACAAUAUGUCUAACUGCGUUACCAUUGUGAAAUUAAAUUAUCGACUACGAAAACAAAAGCAUUUUACUGUCAUAAUACGUAAUAGUUAAGUUAUAUGAUUGUUGGUAAAAAACAUAUAUUCCCAAUAUUACCAAAAUCUGUUUUUACGCGAUUAUAAUAUUUUUUGCAUCUCAGCGUACGCGCGUCGCUUUAUUCGAGAGGCACCCUUAAUUAUAUACUUACAUAAUAUAAACAGAGUCUCCCGCCCUGCCCGUCUGUUUAAGACGUCAAAUGUGGUAUAAUUUAUUACCUAGGAAUAGUAUCUCAACAAUAUUAAAACAAAAGUUAACAUUCGUGUCUAUGAUCGAUAGUACUGGAAAAUUUGGCAAUUUUUAAAACCCACAAAAAUGUACUGAUAUUUCCUUUAAACGCGUUAAAUUAAAAAACUACUGAAUGAAUUUUCAUACGGUUUUCAUAAAUGGACGGAGUGAUUCAAGAGGAAAGUUUAUGUAUAAAUUGCAUUUUUUUAGUACGACAGGAAAAAAUGUAGGCAUACAUUAUGCUCUGUUACCCAUGCGAAGGCGGCGCGAGUUAUUCGUAGAAUAUUAAAUAUGACAAUAGUUUCACAAAUUCAUUAAUUUAUUAUAUGGUAUCAGAAUUUAAAAGUUUUUAUUAGUUAUUUAUACAAAUUGUUUUACACUCUGGUUAGAAUUCCAGCAGUCUAUGAAUUGUUUUUUACCAACACUCCUAUAUUUAUAUAUUAUAAACUAUGUAUAUUGUACAUAAGAUGUAAAUUGUUCUAAUGUGCUCACUAAGUGCCAAUUUUUAGUAUUAAGUAGGAAAUGUGAAGAAACAAGUUUUUACUAUAUUUUCCAUUGUUUUAUUUGGUAUUGAUAUUAAUAUUUAUCUGUAUUACGGCAUUGUGAUUGCAAAGUGAUGAAUUUGAAUAUAAAAUAGUAUAAAUUAAUGAAUAUAUAUUUUUGUGCAUAUA